AUGCUAGCACGAGCAGUAGCGGCCUAUCAAGCCGAGUAUAUCAACAACGAAGAAGAUGAGACCGUCUCUUUCCUUCGCCGCACGAUACGAAGGCGACUUUCUCCCAUACUCUUCUUCGGAAAGCAGGGUACCAGCAGUGAGGAUGGUGAGAUCUCACAGCGAGGCUGGCAUCAUCGCACCCCAAGUCAGACGAGCUCAGGAAGCAGUACUCCACCGCCAUCGUACCAUACUUCACCACGAACAUCUCUGUAUCAGGCAAUAGAGGACGCUGAGGACGGUGAUGGAGAUGGCACGAUCUCACCGAGUGGCAUAGUAACUCCUGUGGCAGAGGCAGCUCCGCUCAUAAAUACAGACGACAUGACCAGUGACGUCCGAUGGAGAUACGCACGGCGUGGACUGUCACUACUCUCGCUUGCUGUAGACGGUGAGAGCGCACUGGACCAGGAUCCGCGAUUCAACAGAAAGCUGUAUCUCGACAGUAUUGGCUACAUGCUGCAAGGACUACCAAACGAUCUGACAGCUGAGGAAGAGGCUUCGGUACUGAGAGCACUGCCAGACCGUCUUGCCAUACCGAGGACGAUUGACAGUCACUUGGACGUCCAGGUCAGUAUCCAAGAAGGAAACAAGACUGCACGACCAGGUAUGAUGAGCCAGACUAGACAGCCUUCAAUGCUUCACCGCGUAACCGCCGCAGCGACAUUCUACCUCAUCAUCUUCCUCAACUUCAUCCUUCCAUACGUCCAGCUCGGACUAGAGAAAGCAUAUCGCUACGACCGAAAACACAAGAUCAGUGAUCGGGUGCUUGUGCAAGGUAUCUCAGCGGCGGAUGCAGUCAGUCGAUAUGUGGUAUCAGCCGCUGGUAUGGUUUGUGUGAUGACUGAUGGAGAAGUUGGCAAGGGUAUCAGGGAGGUCGUAAUGUGGUGGCUGCACGAAUCUAUGGGCGGUUUAUAUGAUGGAGUUGGGCAGGGUAUGCAGAAUGUGGCACCGAGAAGAGAAGAUCGAAAAUACGGUCUUGGUCGCGACUCGCGAUGUUGA